AAAAAAAACUUUAUUGGCUUUGGCCAACUUUAACAAUUUCAAAAAGAAACAUAAUAUAAUAGUAAUUAGGCAUCUAUGUAGAAUAUAUUAACUUUUCAUUCUUAUAUAAACUCAGCUACAUUUGCAAAACACCUUCAUACAUUACCAAAACAACCCCAUCAUGGAGACUCUCUACCUCAUCAUCCUUUGUUCAGUUUCAUUUUUGUUAGUCCUUUGUAUAGUCAUUUUCAAAUCAUCCAAUAACAAUCUACCUCCAGGAAGCAUGGGGUGGCCCAUAAUCGGUGAAACGAUCGAGUUUCUGUUUGGGAAGCCAGAAAAGUUCGUGUUCAAGAGAAUGGAAAAGUAUUCCCCGGAUAUAUUCAAGACCAAUAUUCUGGGCGAGAAGACCGUUGUGAUUUGUGGGCCCAAGGGCCACAAAUUCCUCUUCUCGAAUGAGCAGAAGUACUUCACAGCCUUCCGACCCCACUCCAUGCAACGCAUGUUCCGAUCCUACGAACACCCCAAAAAGGCCCAAAUUCAGCACAAACGUGAGGAAGAGGCGAAGGUCCUGCGCUCCCCAGGGUUCCUGAGGCCCGAAGCGUUGGUCCAUUACUUGGCCAAAAUGGACUCCAUAACCCAAGAACAGAUGAAGGCCCAUUGGGAGGGAAAGGCCCAAGUCAAUGCCUACCCUCUAACGAAAACACUGACGUUGACCUUAGCUUGUCGAUUCUUCUUAGGGAUUGAUGAGCCCGAGAGGAUUGCCAGGCUAGUGGAGAACUUCGAUGACGUGACUGUGGGAAUGCAUUCGUUGAUGGUGAAUUUUCCAGGCACAAGAUUUUAUAGAGCUACUAAGGCUGCGAAGGCUUUGAGGAGAGAAUUAAAGAGUGUGAUUCAAGAGAAGAAGGAAGGCAUGGGUGGUGGUGGUCAGAUGCAUGAUAUACUGAGCCAUAUGAUUGUGGCUGCUGACCCUUCUGGGAAGCAUAUGGCUGAGGCUGAGAUUGCUGAUAAGAUCAUGGGUUUGCUCACUGCUGGCUACAGCACUGUUGCCACUGCCAUGGCCUUUUUCAUCAAGUAUGUUGGUGAAAGACCUAAUAUUUACCAAAAAGUUCUCCAAGAGCAAAAGGAGAUUUGGGGAUCAAAAAAAGCAGGAGAAUUAUUGGAAUGGGAUGACAUAAGUAAGAUGAAGUAUUCAUGGAACGUGGUUUAUGAGGUUAUGAGAUUCACUCCUCCUCUUCAAGGCACUUUUCGAGAGGCUCUUACUGAUUUUAACUAUGCCGGUUAUACUAUUCCCAAAGGAUGGAAGGUAUACUGGACAGUGAGUACAACAAACAAAAGCCCAAAAUAUUUUCCAGAGCCAGAGAAAUUCGACCCAUCACGAUACGAUGACGUAUGUGCAUUUCCACCUUUUACAUUGGUCCCAUUUGGAGGUGGCCCCCGCAUGUGUCCAGGCAAAGAGUACGCUCGGCUAGCUAUUCUCACUUUUGUCCACAAUGUAGUUAAAAUGUUCAAUUGGCAACUAAUUUACCCUAAUGAGAAGAUUAUAGGUGAUAUGAUGCCCACCCCUGAAAAAGGUCUCCCAGUACAUCUCAAAUCUCAUUAGUUUUUUAUGAGUUCAUAUAUUCUUGUUUAUUACUGGUUUGCUUUUCUUUGUAGUAUUUUUGCUAUAAUUUUCUCUCACUGUAAAAUAGAAAAUUUUCACUUAUACAAUAACUAUAAUACCAUCUUUUUUACAUAAGAAUAAAAGGUAAAGUGGGAAUAACUUUGUCAA